GCAGAGCAGCAGUGUAGGAAAAGAGGAGGAAGCAGCAAGGAUGGCGGAGUCACACCUCUGAAGCAAAUAUUUCAGGGAAUGAAAAAAUCCUGGAAAACCUUGCAGCUUGAAAGAACCUCUGUCCGAAGGUGUUGGGAUUGUAUGCAGUUGAGACACUUAAGCAUGUGGCCCAUGGAUGCUACGAUCCAGCUACUUCAAAGGAUUUUUUCUCCAAUGGGAUUUUAGCAAAGGAACAAAGUAUCAUUAGUAUCCAAAAACCUUUGGAUCACAAGGCCUUUAUUUUAAGGAUAAUCAUAGUUUUGUGGGCCUGCAUGGGGAUGUUUUCUUUACAAGCCUCGUUGGCUGUCUAUGUUCCUUUUUUUCUGAAUAAAUAACCUGACAAGAGAGACUCCCAUGAGCAACUCUGCAGGAGGCCCGAUAACGUCGACAUGAGUAGUACUUUAGGCAAAGAAAAAGAUUCGAAAGAAAAGGACCCCAAAGGUGGUCCAGCGGGUAAAGAAAGGGAAAAGGAGGCCAAGGCUUUGGCCAGUUUAGUUAAGGAUGGAGGCAAAGAAACGAAGACCAAAGGGAAAGAUGCCAAAGAAGGAAAGAAGGACACCAGCAGCUCAACACCAGGUGUUGCCUUCUCUGUUGACAAUACGAUAAAGCGGCCAAACCCGGCACCAGGUACACGCAAGAAGUCCAGUAAUGCGGAGGUGAUCAAAGAGCUUAACAAGUGUCGGGAGGAGAACUCGAUGAGACUGGACCUAUCUAAACGGUCCAUUCACAUGCUGCCCACCUCUAUUAAGGAGUUGACGCAGCUGGCUGAACUCUACUUAUACAGCAACAAGCUGCAGAGUCUGCCGGCUGAGGUGGGUUGCCUAUCAGGCCUGGUCACUUUGGCCCUCAGCGAGAACUCCCUGACCAGUUUGCCCGACUCCCUUGACUCCCUGAAGAAGCUUCGAAUGCUCGACCUCCGGCAUAACAAGCUGAGAGAGAUACCAGCUGUCGUCUAUCGCCUGACAUCUCUGACCACGCUGUACCUGCGCUUCAAUCGCAUCACAACAGUGGAGAAAGACAUCAGAAACCUAUCCAAGCUCACCAUGCUCAGCAUCCGUGAGAACAAGAUUAAACAGCUACCCGCAGAGAUAGGGGAGCUAUGCAACCUCAUUACUCUGGAUGUUGCCCAUAAUCAGUUGGAACACCUACCGAAGGAGAUUGGAAAUUGCACACAGAUAACCAACCUCGACCUGCAGCACAAUGAGCUCUUGGACCUCCCAGAGACUAUAGGUAAUCUGGCAAGCAUAAAUCGCUUAGGUCUGAGAUACAAUAGAUUGUCAGCCAUCCCCAGAUCAUUAGCCAAAUGUCGAGAACUGGAGGAGCUAAACCUUGAAAACAACAACAUUUCAGUGUUGCCAGAGGGCCUGCUGUCAAGUUUGGUAAACCUGACAAGUUUAACACUGGCAAGGAACUGCUUCCAGUCGUACCCUGUGGGUGGGCCAUCCCAGUUCUCCACCAUUUACUCCCUCAACAUGGAGCACAACCGUAUCAACAAGAUCCCCUUUGGUAUCUUCUCCAGGGCCAAAGUGUUAAGCAAGCUUAACAUGAAGGACAACCAGUUAACAUCCCUGCCAUUGGAUUUUGGCACAUGGACUAGCAUGGUUGAACUUAACCUGGCCACCAAUCAGCUGACUAAGAUCCCAGAGGAUGUGUGUGGUCUCGUCUCUCUAGAGGUGUUAAUAUUGUCCAAUAAUCUUCUCAAGAAGUUACCGCAUGGUAUUGGGAAUUUGAGAAAGUUACGAGAGCUCGACUUGGAAGAAAACAAGUUGGAAUGUCUACCUAAUGAAAUCGCUUAUCUUAAAGAAUUACAGAAAUUGGUGUUGACAAAUAAUCAGCUGACUACGUUACCCAGAGGUAUCGGCCACCUCACCAACCUGACUCAUCUUGGUUUGGGGGAGAACCUGCUGCAACACCUUCCUGAGGAGAUUGGCACACUGGAGAACCUGGAGGAACUGUACCUCAACGACAACCCCAACCUGCACAGCCUCCCGUUCGAGCUGGCCCUCUGCAGCAAGCUGUCCAUCAUGAGCAUCGAGAACUGUCCCCUCACCCACCUGCCGCCCCAGAUUGUCGCGGGAGGCCCCUCCUUCAUCAUCCAGUUCCUCAAGAUGCAGGGACCAUACCGUGCCAUGGUCUGAGCAAGAGCAGCUCAAAUGCCAGUCCUGCUUAACUCCAAACCCUCCACUUGCUCUGCACCCUUUCGCCUGCCCGCCCCCAUUUACGUGUAUCAUACGCUGUAAAGAAAACAGACUCGCCACAAUCAGUGUCGGGGGCAAAUACAAGGAGGAGGCUGAUGAGGAAAAUGUUUCUUUCACCAUCCUUUGGGCAGAAACAAGGCGAAUCUUUGGAGACUUGACUUCUGUGUUGGUCCAGAGUUUAUCACGGUCAUUUUAGGACCCCAGCCACCACAACACCACCACCCCCCCUCCCCCCCACUCAUCUUUCAUUCCGACUCAUACAAGAGGAAAAUAUUUCCAUCUAUUUGCCAAAACUGAAGAUAUAUAAAGUUAUAUAUAUUGAGUAACUGUGAGCUAAGUGGCAAGUCUUUAAACCAUAUAAACCGUGCUCCCAUUGCCAAUGUAUUUACAGUAAUUACAAGCAUCUAUUAUGUGAGCAAGGAUACAAUUGUAUGCAAAAACAAACAAAAAAAAGUCUUUGGAACUUCUCAUUUACUGCUGCUGCCGUAAUUUUAACUUUGUCAUCUUGUUAUACUUUCUUUUGAUAUUUCCUUUUUCUCUUCCUUUUUUUUUUGUUUUUUUUAACAUCAUCUUCUCUCAACAGAACUUAUGUUAAUUGCUUGACCAUAGAACAAAGGUCUAAUGAUGGUGUGCUUACAACUUCUUUCUUUCUUUUCUUUUUUUUUACAUUAUAUGUUUUUUUUUUAAAAACUGUGCCUAUGUUUAGAGUGACCCGGUGGUUCAUUUCUAAACACAAUUGUCCAUGAGAAUACAAAGAUAUAAAUUAUUUCAAUAAUUUUUUUUUUUAUUACUGCUGUUUUUACUUUUGUUUUUCAUUUUUUUCUUUCUUUCUUUUUUUUUUUUUAGUGUUCCUGUUGCAUUAAUCUGUCAGAGUAAGUGAUAUCAGUUGUAAAAUAGGAUGAUUGGAGAUCUUUUUUGACAAAUAGCAGCAGUGGUUGUUACACAUUAAGCUAGUAAUGUAUACAUAUGAGAAAUGCCAAUCAUACGUGCUUGAAAAACAAAGCAACUCGGACUUUUCUCCAAAACGGGCGGCGAUGUGACCCCCCCACCCCACCCCGUCUAUUAUUGAUUUCGUGCGACAAAAAAGGUAUUGAAAAAAAAAAAACAAGUCAAACAUACAUAGGUGAUGGGAUAAAUGAUAGAUGUUUUUAUAUAUGUAUACAAAUCCUGGUUGUUGCCUUGAGUGCAAUUUUUUUUAGUUAUGUUUACUUGUUUGAUAUUAUCUUCAGUGUUGGGCUGCAUAGCUGUCAUCCAGUUGAUCAUCGACCAACAUAUCAAGCGUUUUUAAAAAGACGUUUCUGGAGCAAGUGGUGAGUGUAUCAGAGCUUCAAAAAAAAGAUUUGAUAAUAAAACAUUGACAGGUAACUCCUUCUUGACACUUCCUUUUUUUUGUUAAUAUCUUUGAUUUUUUUCUGUAGUCUUUUUUUUUAUUAUUAUUUUUGACAGGGUCUUGAUUGCUUAACAGAAAAUAUUCCCUUGAUUUAUAUUGAUUUGUAAUUUAAUUUUUUUUUAAGAUAUCUUCUUUUGUCCCACACUGUCCCAGCAAUGCUGCUGCUCUUAUGCACUUUUUUUUUUUUAAAGACAUUGGCAUCAUAUAGACAAAAACACAUUUGCCUCUCAUUGGUUAUUUUGAAUGGGGGCACUUUGUUUCAUAAGUAUUUUAUUUUUGAACGGUUUAUCAUGUAAAUUUGUAUCAAUUAAAUAUAAAUGUUGAGUUUUUUGCGGGCUCAGAAUAAACGAGUAACUUUUAUCCUGUCAAUCUUAAAAGGAGCUUGAACUGUAAAAGGGUCUCUGUGGGUAUGAGACAUUUAAAAAAAAAUUCCCAUAUCCUGCUCUCUUGAUUGCAAACAAAGUGGCUUAUUGCAGUUCAGAUGAGCGUUGUUUAUUUGAAAUCAAUUUACAUUUGAGUGUUUUUUUUUUUUCUAAAUGAUGAGAUGUGUAUUCAGUUAGUAUUAUUUCAAGUGACUGUACAUUAAAAAUCCCAACAAAAGGUAAUCAAAACCAAACUUUUUAUUUUAUUUUUUAUUUUUCCUUCUUCUUUUUGAAAAUGUUUUGCAUCCCGAUUCUAUAUUCAAUCACGAUUCUGUUUUUGUAUUGAAAUGUGUGGGUCUACUUUCUUUGCAGCAGCUUGGUGUGUUUUUUAAGUGGGCUGUGGUCCGGCCUUCUUCCACCGGAGGCCUGAGCGACGAGAGCGCCACAGCUCACCUCGGGUUUGGGGUUUUUUUGGGGGGACAAAGAAAAAACAAUGAAACGCUGCUUCUAAUUUACCAGCAGAACCUGUUGCUGCUUUUCAUGGACUUAAACAUAUGCUGUUCAAGACGGAGGGGAGCCGGGUAGGGGGGCGGGGGGGGGGGCAAGGAGGCGGGAAGCGAUCCACUUCCCAACACUGAUACAGACUUCACUCGAAAACCUGACGAGGGACAAAUCCACUGACCUUUUCGAUUUUAGCGUCAGGCCCGGUGGUUUUCACACAGAUCAAAUCGUUUGGACAACAACGAUGAGACAACACAACAAGGUGCAUAUUUGAGCUUAACGCAGUUACAGUACAAGACUGUCGGAAAAAGACAAAAAAAAUUGUAAAAAGGGCUUUCUGUGUUCACGCUCAACAACACACCGGAGGCAUUGCAUUCCUGGGUUUUAUAUAAAAGCUUUGGAAGUUUCUUUUUUUUGUUUUUGUUUUUGUGUAUUUACUUUUAGCUGUAAACAAUUGUGUGAAAAAUGCCUUCGAGUACUCAAAAAGUGAGAUGUGCAUUAGGUAUGCAGCGUGAGUGCUGUGACCCAUUUUUACAUUCAGUCUCUCUGUUCUUACUUUUUUCAUGUGCCAUUUUUUUAUUUUUUUUUUUGCAAAGGGUGAGAAUGCCAGUGUAUGAAGACACGGGAGGAUGAUGGGAGGUGAGGCGGAAACUGAACUGGGCUGAGAGCAUUUAUCAGAUCGUGGAAUGUAGUUUUAACGUGCUGAUGAUAGGGGGGUGGGGGAGGGUAGGGGGGAGAUGGACACCACCGACUGGUUCAGUUGGAGGUGUGGAGCUGUCGCCGGAUCAAAGUGAUGACGAUGUAUCGCGUACUGGGGCAUCCAAAAUAAUUGGAGUAUUUGUGUUUAUUUUUCUAUCGUCUGUGAUUUUAGGCCAUGGAGAGCAUCGCGGAAUCAAAGUCAUUUUUGCUUUUUUUUUUUUUUUCCCUCCUUCCUGGAUCAUACAACUUGUCAUUCUCUUGCCUGGUUAUUUUGUACAGGAAACAAGCAUGUUGAACACAUAUUUGACAUGAUUUGUCUGGGUCAGAAUCGGGCGUUUUUUGCAUAGAAGACUUCGAUUUAGUGGCUAUUUGGUGUACCUGCAAAUGCUCCCUUUUUGUAUAUUGCAAAGGGUGUCGAAGCAUUGUGUGGCAAUGCUUCUCCUACUUAAUCUACAUUGACAAGCAGCCUUAAUGGUCUUUUUUAUGUGUUCGUUUGGCUAUUCCUUGUGUCUAUGGCCACUGACUGUACUUGAUGACAAGCAACUGGUCGUUACGAUGUAAAUUUGGGUCUAGUUUCUUCUGUCUUAUUUUUUCCUUUUACUCUGUACAGUAAUCUGACGUUACGGUAGACUCAGUAUUACAAAAAUCUGUAAUGUGAUGAUGAGAGUUUUACAAGAAGAUAAAAGAGUGCAAUGGAAGAUAAUGCCAUUAUGCUACCAAGUGGAUGUGCAUUAGCUUACGUCUCGCUUGUCUUUGGCAUUAAAGGGAAAUUCCGCCAACACUGACUUGCAUUUGUUAUUAAGCUUUUUCACUAGAAAGAGUUUAUUUUUUUAUAUGUUAUCCUCACAUGGCAUUGCAGAUUUGGGUCACAAAUGCAACAUUAGGGGGGGAAAAAUGACUUUGCUAGUCUGACAUUUAAAAAACAAACAAACAUAUAUAUAUCCAGAUUCAUCAUGAGAGCACAUAACUUCAUAAAUGUCCACUUUCUGUAACUAAACUCAAGUCAGUUUUUGCGGAAUGGCCCUUUAAUGUGAAGUUGCCCGCUCUUUCCCACUGCAUCCAAAUCCCACCCACUCGCACAGCCCUCUAUAGUAUCUCCAUACAUUUACUUGACUGCCUUAUGCGCACCAAGCAAAACCUUUAUGACCGUUUGAGUUCAUCAACAGAGACAGAUAAUCAUGUUUUUCUUUAUUUCUUUCUUUAUUGUCAGUAAAGGGAUCGGGGGUCCUUGGAUAAAGUUUUUGGGUCAGUUGUCUCUUGACUGGACGAGCAGAUGCAGACAUGACUACCUCUAUGUGAGUCUUCAUUGCUAACCACAGUGACCAAGAUCCAGUCUGAGGUGUUUCUACCUGUGUUAAGCCGUGUGUUGGCAGCAGGAACUUGGAUUUGGACCAGCAAUUCAGCAACAGUUUUGUUUUACUAAGCACCCUCCGUUUUGUUUUUUUUUGUUUUGUUUUUGUUUUUUUUAAAUGAAUAUAUGCCUUUACUAAGCAUUAUUUGGCAAAUGGAGAAAGAGGAAAAAUACACAGAUUUAUGUGCUUGGUUGUAAAUGACAAACUUAAUCAAAGCCGCCCCAUUGUAAGACAGUUAUCCUGAAACCAACUAGUUGCAGAGUGCUACUUUGCAAAUGAGUGAAAAUGACCAUGUUUGGUGAUGUUCUGUAUGUACAUACAUCUUUUUAACUGUAAUAAACUGAUAAAUAUUUACAAAUUUA